AUGAGUAAAGUUACUAUCCUUAUCGAUUCAGACGAUGAUGACGAUGUUGUAGAAAUACUGGAGUACGCCCCAUCCAUAAAGCCUUCGUUACCUGUGAAGAAGGUUAGCAGGGAAGCUGUAUUAUCACAAGAUAACCAGCAACGUGUAUCAAAAAGACCUCCACCAACCCUCAAAAAACUACCAAAUGUUACUAAUACGAAGCCUGCACCCAAACAUCAGCCACCAUCUUCCUCGAAAGCGCAAGCAAUCACCUCUUGUAGUUUAAAGGAUUUGGCAUCAAAGAAACAAUCCUUGCCACCGUCUCCAGAAGUAAAGACUUUACCCAAAUCAAUACUGCCCUCAAAACCAACGGCCAGUUCACCAAGGCCUGCUCCUCCUCCUCCUCCUCCUCUAUCUCCUAGUAAAGCAAAAGUUCACUCAAAGCCAAAAACACCAGCGCCAGCACCAGCAUCUCCCAAAAGACCCGGCACAUCAAAGAUCCAUCACAAUAACUUGCCAAAUGCAAUCCCUGCGCCUGUUGUCAUUUAUUCCCCCGAGACAAGGCCAUCAGAGAACUCUGUUCCGCUGAAUAGCAUUAACAAAUUGUUCCAAAGAGAUGCACGAACUGUGACAUUGACAAAAGCAGCUAAGCGCCCUUGCUCCGGCCUGUCUAAGAGCCCAUCAGCUAUAGAUAUAUCGAAAAAAUGUGAAACGGACAAAGAAUUAGCAGCGAUAUUCGCUUCAAGUAGCCCUGAACCAACCUCAUCUACUUCAGCACCUUCAUCAACAUCAACAACGCCAACAUCCAGCCAAACAAUGCGAUCUUCUCCUGCCGCCAUGGAAAAGAGACAUGUCGUUUCAUCAUCACCGCCAAGAAAGAUGCAUGGCGGCAGUCGUUGUAGUCAGGAACCAAGACAAAGCAGCCUGUUUUCACCCAACUCAUUAAACUCACCACCAGCACCUACUCUCAAAAGACCCAUCAGUUCGCCCCAAAACUCAAGUUUAUUCAGUCGGCCUGCAUUCAUUAAAAAGAAGGUGAUAUACGGUAUUGAUGAUGAGGAUGGAGAAGAAGAGGAUUUGGAGCUGUACAUCAAUCAUGUCAGCAGUAGACGAAAACUGUUUAGUGAUGAGCUCAAGGAGGCUGAGAGACGUGAAAUGGGCAAUAAGCAAUGUCCACUAUGCUACAUGAUGUUUCCCAAGCAGGAAAUUAUGGAUCAUUCCUUCGAAUGCGAUGGUAAGCCAACCGACAAGGGCUUGAAAAAGAGAACGAUUGGCACAGCGAUCGCUCUCAACGCAGCAGAGAGAAAAAGAAAAAAUGCUGGUGUACUAGACACAGGACCUACCAAUUACUAUGCCGAUUCAGAUGGUGCAUUAGCAUUAGAUGGAUCAGGCUUUGGAAGUGAAGUAACUGGCCUAAGUUGGGAGUCUGCUGGCCAAACUCGAUUUGCUUAG